AUGAAGUUGAGUUACAUGAUUGUUCUUCCUCUGCUGCUGUUUUUCCCCCUCUCAAAUCUGUCUCUUCUUGGCGACAUUGAGAUUCUGAAUUACCACUCCAAGGACCCUCGUGGACGGCCACGCAAUAUGAUCGUUUCAAUAGAACUUGUCCGCCCAGGUGGCAAAAGUUUGCUCUUGGUUGGUUUCUCGUGUCUACUUCUUGCUUUUGCUGCAGCUGAUCAUAGCCCUCUCCGGGAUUUCUGCGUCGCUCAAGCCGGCGGUUCGGUGCUCGUGAAUGGACUGGCCUGCAAGGACCCGAAAAUGGUUCGAGCAAAUGACUUCUCCUUUAGUGGGCUCCAUCUUCUAGGCAAGACGUCGAACCCGGUCGGCUCUAAGGUUACCCCGGUGACCGUGGCUAAACUCCCGGGGCUCAACACUCUCGGCAUCUCCUUGACCAGCAUUGAUUACGCACCAUGGGUGUCGCGACAAUGGGGAAUCAACCCACCCCACAUUCACCCGCGUGCCAGCGAGAUUUUGGUUGUCCAAGAAGGAACCCUGGAAGUAGGGUUCAUAACGUCCAACCCCGGCAACCGUCUCGUCUCCAAGGUCUUGCAAAAGGGUGAUGUGUUCGUCUUCCCUCAAGGACUCAUUCAUUUCCAAAGAAAUAUCGGCACAGGAAAUGCCUUCGCUAUCGCAGCUCUCGGAAGCCAAAACCCUGGGGUCAUCACCAUCGGUAAUGCCGUGUUUGGGUCUAGUCCUGAUGUUUCCGCAGACAUUCUUGCCGGAGCAUUCCAAGUUGAUCAAAGUGUUGUUAAUCAGAUUCAGUCUAAAUUCUAGACAUGAGAUCGAUGGAGAAGUUUCAAUGAUUGAUGUUUGGGAUAGCAAAGUGCAUUAGUUCGUCUGUUUAAGCUUGCGUUGA